AUGGAAAGACCCUCCUUCCAGUCCCUGCAGGCACAUUAUGCUUCCCGCUUGAAACAGUUCCAAACAUCAGAUCGGAACUUUGAAGUUCUGGCCUCCGUCUCACCCGACGACCAUGUCCCUGCUUCAAGUCCCGACGUCCUGUACGUGCUUGACUCCUCUUUCAAUCCACCCACGCUCGCACACCGUCGGAUUGCCUGUUCGGCUCUUUUAGAGGAUAGCAGCUGCGCUCCGCGGCUCCUCUUGCUAUUGGCGACGCAGAAUGCGGACAAACCAUCCAAACCCGCUUCUUUCGAGGACCGCCUAACCAUGAUGGACUUGUUCGCUCGUGACCUUCUUUCGCAAUUACCAUCUGCAAGGCCUCCAGGCACUCGCCAGACCCUUCCAGUAAUAGAUAUUGCCGUCACAAAAAAGCCAUACUUUGUGGAUAAGGCGGCGGAAAUAGAGCGGGCGGGGGUAUACCCCCACUCGCUGGAACAAGUCCAUCUUACGGGCUACGAUACCUUGAUUCGCAUCUUCGAUCCCAAGUACUAUCCCCCGGAGCACACCCUGCAGUCGCUGGAGCCCUUCCUUUCCCAGCAUCGGUUACGGGUGACCUUGCGCCCUGAUAGCAGCUGGGGCAGUCGGGACGAGCAGGAGGCCUUUCUGCGGGACUUGGCGGAGGGAAGGAAAGAUGACAUAGGCGGUAAGCGGGAAUGGGCCCAGCGAAUUCAGCUGGUGGAGGGACGGAAACCGGGGGCACCAUCGGUGAGCUCAACCAGGGCCCGAGAAGCAGUGACCGCAAACCCCCAGGAUCUGGACUGGCUGGUCCCGUCGAGCAUACGGGAGAUAAUUCUGUUUGAACGACUCUACGUGAACUAA